AUGGAGGCGCUCGGGGGCGACAAGCGCUGGCUCGACCGUUUCCUGGCGCAACACGUGGCAGUCGCGUAUUACACCGUCGCGGCGCUCAUGUACAUUGUCAGUCCCAGGAUGUCCUACCAUCUGAACGAGUGCGUGGAGAAGCACGCCUAUCAUACGUACGACAAGUUCGUCAAGGAGUUCGGCGACAAGCUCAAGCUCAAGCCGCCGCCGGAGGUCGCCGUCCGGUACUACACCGAAGGAGACCUGUACAUGUUUGGCGCGCUCAUCUCCCCCCACCAGGACACUCCCUCGUUUCUGUCGGAGCCGUGCAGCGGCGUCGUCGAGUGCAGCGUGACCGCCAUGUCGGCGGCGGACCGCGCUCUGAAGCACGGCCUGCAGAUUGAUGACGCUUUGUAA